UCGUAUCCGUACCGUGCCGCUUAUGCGUCACCUUUCCUUAACAUUUUUAAAGUAAAUACACGGGAUUUUUCAUUUGAGUUGUAUAUUUAACGAUGAGAUAUCGUAUUUUAAGAUAAACAUUCGCUCGUCUGGCGGCCCUACUUCCGUUUGAUGUAUCGCGCUGUCGGAGCGUGACACUGCAAGACGCGCGAGACCCUGUGGCGAGACGGCAAGCGGGGUCAUGGAGCCUGAAGCUGGGUUUUCAGCAGACUCUGGAACGGAAGCGGUGAAAUCCUACAGUAAUUCAACAUUCGGAAACUUGCUGCGUACUUCCGCCGAAAUAUCUGAACUCAUACUCAGCUUUUUGAGCUCUCGCGAGCUAGGUGUCUGCGCCCAAGUUUGCUCCCUUUGGAAUGCCACUGCGAAACGCCUGAAGAAUAAACGAAGCCGAGUCGUGUACAACUUUGAGCCAAUCAAGCGUAAGCGCAGAGUGGAUCCUCAAGGGGAGCAAAGCAGAGACAUUCCUCCCAGUAAAGCGAAGAGCUUUAUACAGAGUAUGAAGGAUUCGUGGUCUGAGCCAGGGCACACAUUGGUCUUUGGCACGCGGCUAUUGCACCGUUACCUGGCUCCUCCACAAAUUACUUCUGUGCGCAGACCAUGUCGGCUCAAACACUGCAGUGAAGUGGCGGAACGUUUGGCAAGUUUCCUACCUCCCGAUUGUUUCCUGCUGUUUGGAGCUGCUGGAGGAGUUGUUGGCAUGAAUGCCUCUGGAUGCCCUAUUGAGCUGGAGCGUGGGGAAGGAAUCUCAGGAGUCCUGCUGCCAGCCAAGAUGCCUGAGGGUGUACGUGUACGACCUUUUUUGGUGCGCAGGGAUCAUGUCAGCCGUCAGAACAGACCCGUUGACUGGUUUGCAACAGAUGCAUUCAAAAGCCUCGUGGGCCUUCCAGUGGGUGGAGAUGCUGUGGAUGUCAAGUGUGUCUUGUGGUUCACGGUCAACGAUGUUGCAUUUGGUGAAAACUAUCAAUUGAUGUAUGAUAUGGUUACCGAUGUUGUGGCCAGCUGUGGUAUGCGACGCUUUGCUCUUGGAGGAGCGGUUCUUGAGCAUAUGGCUGUCAAUAAUGGCCUGAAAGGUGCUGAUCAUGCAGUCCUGUGUGCGGGGUUGAGCUUUUCUGGUGAUUCAGUCCGUGCUGCAUCUAAAAUAGUUGCCCCAACUGUGGAAGGGACUGACAGAGUGGAGCGGGAGUUGAUGCAAUUUCGGCAUGAGUCUGGCUUUGACAGUUGGGACAAGUCCUCUACCUAUGGUUACAUGUUUGCCUGUGUGGCACGUGGUGCGAGGUUGCAUGGAAAAACAAAUGUUGAGUCGGAGGUAUUUUCACGUGUCUUUCCCGGUGUGCCACUCAUGGGUGUUUUUGGAAAUGGUGAAAUUGGACUCGAUUGUGUGCCAACUAAUGGGCAAAAGAUGGAACUUGUGAGGGAGAAUUGCUUUCAUGGCUACACCACAGUAUUUGUUCUGCUGUCAUGGAGCAAAUGCCGAUAACUGAUUCUUUAAUUAAUGCAUUUGUCAAAAGCUACGAGUCUCUUAUCGUGAACUUGCUUUGGUACAAUGGCAAAAGCAGGCUGCCACUAUAAGGAAAUGCCUUCGCUUGUUUUUCCUCUACCCUCCCUCUUUUCUUCCCAUGUUAUUCUAUCAUUUGCAUAAUUGAGCACUUAUUACUUUGAUUUUUAUUUUUUUCUUGCCACUCUGAUUUAUCUGUGUAGUUGCCCAGGUGAAACAAGUCACAAUCCUUAAAAAGUGGCUCCUGUUCAAGCAUCUUACAUUUCUUGUUCAUUUCCUUUUCGUUUUGUCUUUUUGUUAUGCGGUCUACUGUUGUAGAUGGUAGUUUAUUUGACAUUUUGUAAAUGGGUUUGUCAUCUUGUUUAAUUAUUUGUUUUUAAAUGCAAAGCAUUUCUUAAUGAACUUUAG